AUGACCCCCGACGUGAAGCACGUGGUGAAAACGCGCCUGCAGCUGCAGCGCAAGGCGGCUGGACCAUCGCACUACCGUGGUAUCACGGACACGCUCCUUCAGAUCGUGCGCAAUGAAGGGCCCAGCCGGCUGUACCGCGGCAUUGCGCCACUGCUCCUGCUCGAGGCGCCGAAGCGCGCGAUCAAGUUUGGCGCCAACGAUUUCUGGGGAAAGACCUUCCGUGACUUUUUCCAGACGAAGGAAAAGACGCAGAGCCUCUCGCUGCUGACGGGCUGCUUUGCGGGUGCGACCGAGUCGCUGAUUGUCGUGCCGUUUGAGCUCGUGAAAAUCCGGCUGCAGGACAAGAGUCAGGCGCAUCUGUACCACGGCCCUGCGGACGUGGUGCGUGCGAUUGUCAAGCAGAGCGGCUGGUCCGGCCUCUAUAAUGGUAUCGGCAGCACAAUGAUCCGCCACGUUUUGUGGAACGGCGGCUACUUUGCAUCCAUCUUUAAAAUUCAGCAGAUGCUCCCGAAAGCGGAGAACCGCAGCGAGGCGAUGCGCAACAGCCUCAUCUCGGGCACGACUGGCGGCUUUAUCGGCACCGUGCUCAACACGCCGGCGGACGUGAUCAAGACCCGCAUCCAAAACGCAGACCGCGUGCCGGGCGUCGCGCCCAAGUACCGAGGCACCUUUUCGGGGAUGCUGCUCAUCCUCCGCGAAGAGGGGCCGGCUGCCUUGUACAAAGGUUUUGCACCCAAGGCCGUGACGGAAGAAGCACGGCGGUUCCUCGGGCCGCCCUACAUCUAA